AGAAUCCCCUUUCCAAAACAACAUCACACUAUUUCCUGUCUGACUGAAACGAAAGUCAUCAGAAUCAUAUGGUGCGGAAUUUUCACCGAGAUAUAUCCUCAUUGAUUUGUCGGUUGACUGUAAUACAACGGGUACUUUUAUAAGGUUGCUCACCAAGAACUAGGCAUGACUACAGAGUCUGACUCUCCAGAAGUGUGAGUGUGAGUGGAGUGACACGAGUGGACGAGACUGACGAGUCAUGGACAGCCAAUGCAGCAGCAGUGUGGGGUCCCGGGCCACUCUAGGGGGUGUGGGAAACAUUAACUCCACCCUCAUUUCUUCCCGUAUCGAGUCCUAUGAAGCAGGAGAGAAGAAGUGCAUCUCCGAUGUCCGAAGAACCUUUUGCUUAUUCGUGACCUUUGACCUUUUAUUCGUCACCUUGCUGUGGAUCAUUGAGCUUAAUGUCAAUGGAGGUAUACAAGAGCAACUGAUGAAAGAGGUGUUGCAGUAUGAUUACCACAAAUCCUUUUUUGACAUAUUUCUCUUGGCUGUGUUCCGCUUUGCAGCCUUGAUUCUUGCGUAUGCAGUGUGUAAAGUGCGUCAUUGGUGGGCCAUUGCGAUAACUACAGCAAUCACCACUGGUUUCUUAAUAGUGAAAGUAGUUGUAUCAAAGCUCCUGUCUCAGGGGGCGUUUGGGUAUUUGUUACCCAUCAUCUCCUUCAUUUUGGCAUGGAUAGAGACGUGGCUGCUGGACUUCAAAGUCCUGCCCCAAGAGGCUGGUGAUGAAAUCAGGUAUCUUUCAGUGCAGAGUGUGCCAGAUCGAGAACCUCUUUUAUACCCAGGACUUGUUUCAGAAGGCCAGUUCUACUCUCCUCCUGAGUCCAUGGCAGACUCUGAUGAAGACCUUGAUGAUAAACUUGAUCUAGAGAAGCCCAUCGUCUAGCAGGAGCUCAGAGUUAACACUGACUUCUGGAAUACAACAGCCUCUUUCAGCGCUGCUCGACUUCAGGCUGUGUGUCUUAAUAUGGGUUUGUGUACGUGGGUUACAAGAACUAGACAGUCACUCUGCCUUAGAUCCACCAUCGCCAUGAUCAGCAGUUUGUCACACAAGCUCUUAGUGCAAUUGCAUUUUUGUCUGCCUCACUGAACAAAAACCUAUUCUGCUUAUACAGCACUGAU